AUGGUUUCGGAGGACCAAAGAAAUGCUGCUACUUUCAUAGCACAGAAAAUAAAGAUAGAUGAGUUGAUGAACAUGGAAAUGGUGAAAGGAGAUAUAUGGUACAUCCUUUCUAUUAGCUGGUGGACAAAGUGGGAAGGAUUUGUAGACCUAGUGUCCAAAAGUGGGAUGGUAGACGAGACUUCUGAAGAGUAUCCAGGGUCGGUUAACAAUAGUGAUAUAUUAAGUGGUGGAAAGUUGAAAGAAAAUUUACUCCUGGAGAAUGAUAUCACCCUGAUACCCGAAGAUGCCUGGAAAUUGUUUGUCGGUUUUUAUGGUUGUGUGCAUUCAAACACGUCUAUUUUUGAACGUCGUGCUAUCCAAGCACCAAAAUCUGUAGAAGUUGAACUGUAUCCACCCCACUAUUCGUUUUACCUGAAUUCCACGAAUUCCAGUGCCACAUUCAUCUUCGAAGGAACUUAUUGCAAAUUUCAGACAAUACGAGACCUGAAAUUGUUGGUUGCACAGCACCUCAAAACUGCGUCGGGUGUAAAUAUUCGACUGCUGAUACACAAUGAAAGAAGCGAAUUCGAGGAACUAGAUGAAGAUGAUGCAACCAUAGAAGAGGCAAGCUUGGAGCGCGAAAAAGUUAUUUACGUUCAACUGGAACCCAGAAAUGGAAUUCACACUGAGACACGUGUGGAUAGUUCACUCAUCAAACCAAUUGAUAUAUCAGGGGCUCGAUCUGGAUCUCAAAUGUUAUCUUUACAUGGAUCUAGUGCUCAGAUAGUACCAGGAGUUUGCGGUUUGAAUAAUUUGGGAAAUACAUGUUUUAUGAAUAGUGCAAUUCAAUGUAUGUCAAAUGUCCCUGCGCUGACAAAUUAUUUUUUAACUGGAAAAUGGAAGUCAGAACUGAAUGUACGCAAUCCACUGGGAUCUCAAGGAAGAAUUGCUACUGCGUAUGCUGAUCUCAUCAAACAACUUUGGUCUGGUACACGACCGUAUGCUGUCCCUCGUGAUUUUAAGAUUGAAAUUGCACGCAUUGCUCGUCAGUUCUCUGGAUAUGCUCAACAUGAUACUCAUGAAUUACUUGUUUUCUUACUGGAUGGACUACAUGAGGAUUUGAACAGAAUUCAAUCAAAGCCAUAUAUCGAAGUUAAGGAUUCCGAUGGUAGACCGGAUAUCGAAGUAGCAAAUGAAGCUUGGCAAUACUACAAGUCACGAAAUGACUCGAUCAUUGUAGAUCUAUUCCAUGGACAACUGAAGUCUACUGUAAUUUGUCCUACUUGUCAAAGAAAGUCGGUCACAUUUGAUCCGUUUGCAUCAUUAAUUCUGCCUAUACAAGAAAUAUGCAGAUAUACAGUGCGUGUUUAUGUCUGGCCAUGGGUAUCUAACAAACGUCAACUCACUUUAGUAGAAUUGACAGUUCCGACUAUACCUUGUGCUCAGAAUAUAACAGAAGCUCUUGAACAAGAACGUCCACUACAUCCAGGCUGUCAGUACUACAUACCAAACAAAUCUUUUGAUCGUUCAAGAUAUUCGCCUUCAUUUGCAUACGAGUUGACUGAAGGCUUUCCUAUACCUGUCCACUGGAUAAAUGAUAACAUUGGACAAGGUGUCAACUUAACAUUCUACAUUAGUGUGCCAAUCAAUGAUAAUAUUACAGGAAUGACAAUUACUGUUUCCGAAGAUUUACUCAUCAAAUAUAUAGUUGACCGUCUAAAUGCUAUUGGUGUAGACUGUAAGAAAACGGAAUAUUCACUUGGUGGUGAAUUAACACAGCUGGAUGAUCGAAAUUCUGGAGAUCCAGGUGGUGGUGCUUCAGGCUCUUUGACCAACAUUCAUCCGACAUCUACAAAAUCAUUUAAUCCUUGUGAACAGUCAGAAGAAAUCAGUGAACGUGUUCUAGAUAAUUUGUCUACAUGCCUUAAAGGACGUUUAUGUCUAAAGGAUUCUCGUGGACAUGAUUGGCUAACUGAGUCAGACAGCAGUUUAAUAUCUCUUCCAUGCUCUGAUAAUUAUUACAGUAUCAUAAUGAACUUGCAAGGUCUAGAAAUACGACAACAACUCAAUGAUAUUCGAAAUCGUACACAGCACCAUCCUAUUACUCGAGUAAACCAAACAUUAAAACUUUCAGAUUGCUUUGAACGCUUUACUGAUGUAGAACAGUUGGGCUCUAGAGAUUUAUGGUAUUGUAAUCGUUGCAAAGCAGAGAAGCCUGCUACUAAGAAAUUCGAUUUGUGGAAGCUUCCAGAUGUUUUAGUGGUACAAUUGAAACGUUUCCGAUCCCACUUGCGAUUUCAUGAUAAAAUUGAUACUUUGUUGGAGUUUCCACUAACUGGAUUGGAUUUGACGUCACAAGUACUCGAGAAACAGCCUAACGAUAAAUUCAUAUAUGACUUAGUAGCUGUGAGCAAUCAUAUGGGAUAUUUAGGUGGUGGUCAUUACACAGCGUUCGCUUUAAAUGCUCAUGUCAAUCGAUGGUACUACUUUGAUGAUUCUUCUACACGGGAAGUUGAUCCAUCUAAAAUUGUAACUAAUGCAGCUUACGUGUUGGUGUAUGUUCGCCGUCGAGUUGGUCACAUGUUGUUAAUGUACAGUGAGAACAAAAGUAAUGACCAAGAACAAGAAGAUUCCUCAUCUGAAACAGAUGAAAAUAGUCUUUCAAAUAGUAGUCUAUCUCCAGAUCAAUAUCCAACUACUAAAGCUUAUAUUCAUGACAACCGAGCGAGAAAUGCUAAUUCAUCCUUAAAUCUGCAAGAUCAAGAUUUGAUGGAGAUUGAGUGA